AUGUCCAACGGCGCAGCAGGAAGCGGGGGUCUGACUUGGGUGGUAAGUUACUAUUUUGUUUUAAUGUUGGAUUACUGGACAGGUUUGCUUUAUCGCUUCAGCUAGCGUUCAUCAUUUUGCCAGGAUGCACGAGAGAAAUCCCCAGUUUGUCACGAGUUGGACAUUUUAAAAUGGCCAGUGAUGAUGCUAACUAGCCAGCAGCUAAUACACCCCUUUAAACUAGCAUGCGCCUAUUUAAGAUGGGCCAAACUGUUGUAUAUUCAUUUAGCUAUGAUUGCCCGGCAGAAAUACAAUCACAGAUUGGUCCACCAACGUCAGCAGAUACAUUGUUUUCUGUAAACAUGAUGAUGUCAUUAGGCAACAUUGCUUUCCUGCAAGGCACGGGUGAAUGAGCCACUUGGCCAAUGGCAAUGCCCCAAAAAGUUCUUUGUUGUAAUACACGUCAAGUGUGAUUGAUAGUCAUUUGCCUAUUUUGCAUGCACGCUGUUUGAAUAUAAUAUCUUAAAUGUGUCUCAAAAAUACAGUUAUUCGUAGGUAGCCAAAUAAAUAAAAAAAAAUGUAUGCGAACAUAUUCCUUAAAUGUAUUUGCACGACAUUUGGCCAGCUAGCAGCUUCCAGCCCGUAGAUGAAGCGGCACAAUUUGGGACCUGUAUGAAGCUAGCCACAUAAGGAUUUAGCCAUAAUAGUGGAAUUUGCGGUUGACCUUCAAAAUAAAAGUCCACCAUUUGAAAGUGAUUCAAACGGAUACAAAUAGUGGAAUCAUGCCAAAUUUGGACUAGAUAAUGUUAAACAAGGUCGGAGUGUUGUUCUAUAAAUUCAACAAAAGACAAUAAUAAAGUUAAUUUGACAAAUGUUUUUGGUUGAAAUCGCACUGUGGAUGUAUUAGACUUUAUAAUUGAGUUGGGGGCAUACUUACAUGCACUGUACAGCCUAACCAAUCGAUGUUGCACCCAUGAAAUGGGGAAUCAGCCUACUCCGUGACACUCACAGAACACAACUGUGUAGAGAUUACACAAAUAUUAGCGUCUUCACUCUUAUGACAGGACUUUGUGGGAAAUCACCUUUCCAGUCAGUCUACUUUGUGUAUUAGACAUUCAUAUUGCACUGUACAGCCUAACCUAUGGAUGUUGCCCCCAUGAAAUGGGUAAUCAGCCUAUACAGUGACACUCACAGAACACAACUGUGUAGCGUUUACACAAAUAUUAACGUCUUAGCUCUUAUUAGAGAAUUUUAACUGUGGGAAAUCAGCUUACUAUACAGCCUAUUGUGCAUAUUGAACAUUCAUAUUGGACUGUACAGCCUAAAACAGAGAUUGUUCACUCAUUAAAUGGGCUAUUAGUCUUUUCUGUGACACCCACAGAGGCUGUACAGUCCAGUAUGUAUGUUGAAUACAUACAGUGCAUUCGGAAAGUAUUCAAACCCCUUCACUUUUUCCACAUUUUGUUAUGUUACAGCCUUAUUCUAAAAUUGAUGAAAUAAAAUAUGUUCCUCAAUCUACACACAAUACCCCAUAAUCACCAAGCGAAAACAGGUUUUUAGAAAUUUUUGCAAAUGGAUUUAAAAGAAAAAACAGAUACCUUACACUACCAGUCAGAAGUUUGGACACACCUACUCAUUCAAGGGUUUUUCUUUAUUUGUAAAUUUUUUUACAUUGUAGAAUAAUAGUGAAGACAUCAAAACUAUGAAAUAACACAUAUAGAAUAAUGUAGUAACCAAAAAAGUGUUAACAAUUUGAGAUUCUUCAAAUAGCCACCCUUUGCCUUGAUGACAGCUUUGCACACUCUCACAUUCUCUCAACCAGCUUCAUGAGGUAGUCACCUGGAAUGCAUUUCAAUUAACAGGUGUGCCUUCUUAAAAGUUAAUUUGUGGAAUUUAUUUCCUUCUUAAUGCAUUUGAGCCAAUCAGUUGUGUUGUGACAAGGUAGGGGGGUAUACAGAAGAUAGCCCUAUUUGGUAAAAGACCAAGUCCAUAUUAUGGCAAGAACAGCUCAAAUAAGCAAAGAGAAACCUUUUUACCUAAUUUCUACCAGCAUGUUAAAUGUGCAACCAGAGGAAAAAAAAACUAUAGACCACCGUUACUCCACACACAGAGACGCAUACAAAGCUCUCCCUCGCCCUCCAUUUGGCAAAUCUGACCAUAAAUCUAUCCUCCUGAUUCAUGCUUAUAAGCAAAAACUAAAGCAGGAAGCACCAGUGACUCGGUUAAUAAAAAAGUGGUCAGAUGACACAGAUGCUAAGCUACAGGACUGUUUUGCUAGCACAGACUGGAACAUGUUUCGGGAUUCUUCAGAUAGCAUUGAGGAGUACACCACAUCAGUCACUGGCUUCAUCAAUAAGUGUAUCGAUGACGUCGUCCCCACAGUGACCAUACGUACGUACCCCAACCAGAAGCCAUGGAUUAUAGGCAACAUCCGCACUGAGCUAAAGGGUAGAGCUGCCGCUUUCAAGGAGCGGGACUCUAACCCGGACGCUUAUAAGAAAUCCUGCUAUUCCCUCUGACGAACCAUCAAACAGGCAAAGAGUCAAUACAAGACUAAGAUUGAAUCGUACUACACCGGCUCUGACGCUCAUCCGAUGUGGCAUGGCUUGAAAACUAUUACAGACUACAACGGAUUACCAGGACGUGUACUCCGAGCAUGUGCUGACCAACUGGCAAGUGUCUUCACCGACAUUUUCAACAUGUCCCUGACUGAGUCUGUAAAACCAACAUGUUUCAAGCAGACCACCAUAGUCCCCGUGCCCAAGGACACUAAGAUAACCUGCCUAAAUGACUACCGACCCGUAGCACUGACGUCUGUAGCCAUGAAGUGCUUUGAAAGGCUGGUCAUGGCUCACAUCAACACCAUUAUCCCAGAAACUCUAGACCCACUCCAAUUUGCAUACCGCCCCAACAGAUCCACAGAUGAUGCAAUCUCUAUUGCACUCCACACUGCCCUUUCCCACCUGGACAAGAGGAACACCUACGUGAGAAUGCUAUUCAUUGACUACAGCUCAGUGUUCAACACCAUAGUGCCCUCAAAGCUCAUCGCUAAGCUAAGGAUCCUGGGACUAAACACCUCCCUCUGCAACUGGAUCCUGGACUUCCUGACGGGCCCAGGUGGUAAGGGUAGGUAACAACACAUCUGCCACGCUGAUCCUCAACACGGGGGCCCCUCAGGGGUGCGUGCUCAGUCCCCUCCUGUACUCACUGUUCACCCAUGAGUGCAUAGCCAGGCAUGACUCCAACACCAUCAUUAAGUUUGCCGACAACACAACGGUGGUAGGCCUGAUCACCGACAACGAUGAGACAGCCUAUAAGGAGGAGGUCAGAGACCUGGCUGUGUGGUGCCAGGAUAACAACCUCUCCCUCAACGUGACCAAGACAAAGGAGAUGAUUGUGGACUACAGGAAAAAAAAGAGGACUGAGCACGCCCCCAUUCUCAUCGACGGGGCUGUAGUGGAACAGGUUGAGAGCUUCGAGUUCCUUGGUGUCCACAUCACCAACGAACUAUCAUGGUUCCAAACACACCAAUACAGUCGUGAAGAGGGCACGACAAUGCCUAUUCCCCCUCAGGAGACUGAAAAGAUUUGGCAUGGGUCCUCAGAUCCUUGAAACGUUCUACAGCUGCACCAUCGAGAGCAUCCUGACUGGUUGCAUCACCGCCUGGUAUGGCAACUGCUCGGCCUCCGACCGCAAGGCACUACAGAGGGUAGUGCGUACGGCCCAGUACAUCACUGGGGCCAAGCUUCCUGCCAUCCAGGACCUCUAUACCAGGCGGUGUCAGAGGAAGGCCCUCGAAAUUGUCAAAGGCUCCAGCCACCCUAGUCAUAGACUGUUCUCUCUGCUACCGCACGGCAAGCGGUACCGGAGCGCCAAGUCUAGGUCCAAAAGGCUUCUCAACAGCUUCUACCCACAAGCCGUAAGACUCCUGAACAGCUAAUCAUGGCUACCCAGACUAUUUGCACUGCCCCCCCCACCCCCACCCCAUCUUUUACGCUGCUGCUACUCUGUUAAUUAUUUAUGCAUAGUCACUUUAACUCUACCCACAUGUACAUAUUACCUCAACUACCUCAACUAGCCGGUGCCCCCACACAUUGAUUCUGCACCGGUACCCCCCUGUAUAUAGCCUCCCUACUGUUAUUUUACUUCUGCUCUUUUUUUCUCAACACUUUUUUGUUGUUGUUGUUUUAUAUUACUUUUUUAUAAAAAAAAAAAAUGUGUUGUUGGUUAAGGGCUGUAAGUAAGCAUUUCACGGUAAUGUCUACACCUGUUGUAUUCGGCGCAUGUGGCAAAUAACAUUUGAUUUGAUUUGAGAAACGACAGUCAAUCAUUACUUUAAGACAUGAAGGUCAGUCAAUACGGAACAUUUCAAGAACUUUGAAAGUUUCUUCAAGUUCAGUCGCAAAAACCAUCAAGCGCUAUGAUGAAACUGGCUCUCAUGAGGACCGACACAGGAAUGGAAGACCUAGAGUUACCUCUGCUGCAGAGGAUAAGUUCAUUAGAGUUACCAGCCUCAGAAAUUGCAGCCCAAAUAAAUGCUUCACAGAGUUAAAGUAACAGAGGGGACUGUGUGAAUCAGGCCAUCAUUUGGAUUUAUUUUAUUUUACCUUUAUUUAACUAGGCAAGUCAGUUAAGAACACAUUCUUAUUUACAAUGACGGCCUACACCGGCCAAACAUGGUCAAAUUGCUGCAAAGAAACCACUACUAAAGGACACCAAUAAGAAGAAGAGACCUGCUUGGGCCAAGAAACACGAGCAAUUGGACAUUAGACCGGUGGAAAUGUGUCCUUUGGUCUGGAGUCCAAAUUUGAGUUUUUUGGUUCAAACCGCAGUGUGGGUGAACAGAUUAUCUCCGUAAAGCUUGGAGGAGGUGUUAUGGUGUGGGGGUGCUUUGCUGGUGACACUGUGAUUUAUUUAGAAUUCAAGGCACACUUAACCAGCAUGGCUACCACAGCAUUCUGCAGCGAUACGCCAUCCCAUCUGGUUUGUGCUUAGUGGGACUAUCAUUUGUUUUUCAACAGGACAAUGACCCAACACACCUCCAGGCUGUGUAAGGGCUAUUUUAUCAAUAAGGACAUUGAUGGAGUGCUGCAUCAGAUGACCUGGCCACUUUUUUGGUUACUACAUGAUUCCAUGUGUUAUUUCAUAGUUUUGAUGUCUUCACUAUUAUUCUACAAUGUAAAAAAAUAGUAAAAUAAAGAAAAACCCUUCAAUGAGUAGGUGUGUCAACUUUUGACUGGUACUGUAAGUAUUCAGACCCUUUGCUAUUAGACUCGAAAUUGAGCUCAGGUGCAUCCUGUUUCCAUUGAUCAUCCUUGAGAUGUUUCCACAACUUGAUUGGAGGCCACCUGUGGUAAAUUCAAUUGAUUGGACAUGAUUUGAACAGGCACACACCUGUCUAUAUAAGGUCCCACAGUUGACAGUGCAUGUCAGAGCAAAAACCAAGCCAUGAGGUUGAAGGAAUGGUCUGAUGAAACCAAGAUUGAACUCUUUGGCCUGAAUGCCAAGCGUCAUGUCUGGAGGAAACCAGGCACCACUCAUCACCUGGCCAAUACCAUCCCUACAGUGAAGCAUGGUGGUGGCAGCAUCAUGCUGUGGGGAUGUUUUUCAGCAACAGGGACUAGGAGACUAGUCAGGAUCAAGGGAAAGAUGAACGGAGCAAAGUACAGAGAGAUCCUUGAUGAAAACCUGCUCUAGAGCGAUCAGGACCUCAGACUGGGGCAAAGGUUCACCUUCCAACAGGACAACGACCCUAAGCACACAUCCAAGACACAGCAGGAGUGGCUUCGGGACAAGUCUCUGAAUGUCCUUGAAUGGCCCAGCCAUUGAACAUCUCUGGAGAGACCUGAAAAUAGCUGUGCAGCGACGCUCCCCAUCCAACCUGACAGAGCUUGAGAGGAUCUGCAGAGAAGAAUGGGAGAAACUCCCCAAAUACAGGUGUGCCAAGCUUGUAGCGUCAUACCCAAGAAGACUCGAAGCUGUAAUCGCUGCCGAAGGUGCGUCAACAAAGUACUGAGUAAAGGGUCUGAAUACUUAUGUAAAUGUGAUAUUUCCAUAUUUUUUAUUUUUAUAAAUGAGCAAAUCUGUUUUUGCUUUGUCAUCAUGGGAUAUUGUGUGUAGAUUGAUGGGGAAUAAAAAAAAAAAAUGAUUUUAGACUAAGGCUGUAACGUAACAAUGUGGAAAAAGUGAAGGGGUCUGAAUACUUUCCGAAUGCACUAGAUAAUAAGCUGAAUGCUUAAUGUGGCUCAUUUCACACUGGUUUUUAGAGUCUCACAAUAAAAAGCUAAGAUGAUAAUAUUUGUGUAAACUCUACAUAGUUGUGUUCUGUGGGUGUCACCGAGUAGGCUGAUACUCAAUUUCAUGGGUGCAACAUCCAUAGGUUAGGCUGUACAGGAGAGUGUGAAUUACACCAUGACAUUUGGGGGUCUCUGUAUUGAGCAAGCGCGUGUACUAAAUGUUUUAUGGGCCUAAUAACAAAGCCGUAAUUUAAACGGUAAAAAAAUAUUUUCCUUUCAUUGUGGCAUGAACACAUUACAUUUUUCAUCUGACGUCAAACAAAUCACUUCAAAAAUUAGGCUACCUGUGCAUGUUCGUCCACUCCAAAAAUAAUAACAGCAUCCAAACUGCAUGUAUACGGGUGCCAUUUGAUGAAUGGAAAUAGACAUCUGUUACAAAUCACCAUGCCUAAUGACAUUCAGUGAUUGCCAUUGGUUAGGCCUACAUUCAUUGAUGCGUCUUGCUGACAAAUUGCUUAAACUGUCCCGGGAAAAACGGGAUGGUCAACUUACUAGACUGGGCUACAAUGUGUAUUACCAUGAACUUCAAAUAGGCCUAGCGGUAGCCAGUGUCUAGUUCAGUGUUUAAAAAAAAUAAAAAAUAGGUGGUUAAAGCCUGAUUGCCAGUCGUGGUGAAAAAAGUAACGCUCCCUGUACUUUCAAUGCAUUUUAAUGAAAAAGGUGGGUACAAGGCGUUUACCCUCCGCUAGGCCUAUUCCACCGCCAGUAGCCUACCCUCUCAGCCAAAGCCAUUUUAAACACAUGGACACACGCAGAAUAGGUAGCCUACAUUCAAUUCCAUAGAAUACAUUAGUUUUUACACCCUGGAUUAGUCCUAAUUUUAAUGUUUUGUAGGUAUCUUAUCAAAGCAACUCUCAAAGGUUCCUCUCUAGGUUUCUUCCUAGGUUUUGGCCUUUCUAGGGAGUUUUUCCUAGCCACCGUGCUUCUACACCUGCAUUACUAGCUGUUUGGGGUUUUAGGCUGGGUUUCUGUACAGCACUUCGAGAUAUUAGCUGAUGUACGAAGGGCUAUAUAAAAUAAAUAAAAAAAAUAAAAAAAAUUGAUUGAACUAUCCCAGAGUGGUGGACUAUCAUGUGAGCUAAAUGGAUGCUUUGGCUUGAUAAGCUGAUUUAUGAAUUGCUGUGAGAGUUGGGGUGAACCAUAGGCUAUAUGGGGUGAACUGUCUUUGGUCUGCUGUUUGUUACUAAUAGGUUGAUGAGCAUUGUGAGGGUAUGUUGCUCAGAUACCUCCCCAUAGAGAAAUGUAAACUGGUCUCAAGGCCCACAGGUGACAGGGACUGCAUUAUUCUCAACCACUGUGUUUGUUAUUGCACAGUUUAUAUACAGUGAGGGGAAUAGUCUAAUUUUAAUGGUAGGUUUAUUUGAACAGUGAGAGACAGAAUAACAACAAAAAAAUCCAGAAAAACGCAUGUCAAAUAUGUUAUAAAUUGAUUUGCAUUUUAAUGAGGGAAAUACGUAUUUCUGGCUCCCAGGUGUCUUAUACAGGUAACGAGCUGAGAUUAGGAGCACACUCUUAAAGGGAGUGCUCCUAAUCUCAGUUUGUUACUUGUAUAAAAGACACCUGUCCACAGAAGAAAUCAAUCAAUCAGAUUCCAAACUCUCCACCAUGGCCAAGACCAAAGAGCUCUCCAAGGAUGUCAGGGACAUGAUUCUAGACCUACACAAGGCUGGAAUGGGCUACAAGACCAUCGCCAAGCAGCCUGGUGAGAAGGUGACAACAGUUGGUGCGAUUAUUCGCAAAUGGAAGAAACACAAAAGAACUGUCAAUCUCCCUCGGCCUGGGGCUCCAUGCAAGAUCUCACCUCGUGGAGUUGCAAUGAUCAUGAGAACGGUGAGGAAUCAGCCCAGAACUACAUGGGAGGCUCUUGUCAAUGAUCUCAAGGCAGCUGGGACCAUAGUUUAAUUUUUUUUAACAGUGAGAAACAGAAUAACAACAACAAAAUCCAGAAAAACGCAUGUCAAAAAUGUUAUAAAUUGAUUUGCAUUUUAAUGAGGGAAAUAAGUAUUUGACCCCUCUGCAAAAACAUGACAUAGUACUUGGUGGCAAAACCCUUGUUGGCAAUCACAGAGGUCAGACGUUUCUUGUAGUUGGCCACCAGGUUUGCACACAUCUCAGGAGGGAUUUUGUCCCACUCCUCUUUGCAGAUCUUCUCCAAGUCAUUAAGGUUUCGAGGCUGACGUUUGGCAACUCGAACCUUCAGCUCCCUCCACAGAUUUUCUAUGGGAUUAAGGUCUGGAGACUGGCUAGGCCACUCCAGGACCCUAAUGUGCUUCUUCUUGAGCCACUCCUUUGUUGCCUUGGCCGUGUGUUUUGGGUCAUUGUCAUGCUGGAAUACCCAUCCGCGACCCAUUUUCAAUGCCCUGGCUGAGGGAAGGAGGUUCUCACCCAAGAUUUGACGGUACAUGGCCCUGUCCAUCGUCCCUUUGGUGCGGUGAAGUUGUCCUGUCCCCUUAGCAGAAAAACACCCCCAAAGUAUAAUGUUUCCACCUCCAUGUUUGGACGGUGGGGAUGGUGUUGGGGUCAUAGGCAGCAUUCCUCCUCCUCCAAACACGGCGAGUUGAGUUGAUGCCAAAGAGCUCGAUUUCGGUCUCAUCUUACCACAACACUUUCACCCAGUUCUCCUCUGAAUCAUUCAGAUGUUCGUUGGCAAACUUCAGACGGGCAUGUAUAUGUGCUUUCUUGAGCAGGGGGACCUUGCAGGCGCUGCAGGAUUUCAGUCCUUCACGGCGUAGUGUGUUACCAAUUGUAUUCUAGGUGACUAUGGUCCCAGCUGCCUUGAGAUCAUUGACAAGAUCCUCCCGUGUAGUUCUGGGCUGAUUCCUCACCGUUCUCAUGAUCAUUGCAACUCCACGAGGUGAGAUCUUGCAUGGAGCCCCAGGCCGAGGGAGAUUGACAGUUCUUUUGUGUUUCUUCCAUUUGCAAAUAAUCGCACCAACUGUUGUCACCUUCUCACCAGGCUGCUUGGCGAUGGUCUUGUAGCCCAUUCCAGCCUUGUGUAGGUCUACAAUCUUGUCCCUGACAUCCUUGGAGAGCUCUUUGGUCUUGGCCAUGGUGGAGAGUUUGGAAUCUGAUUGAUUGAUUGCUUCUGUGGACAGGUGUCUUUUAUACAGGUAACAAACUGAGAUUAGGAGCACUCCCUUUAAGAGUGUGCUCCUAAUCUCAGCUCGUUACUUGUAUAAAAGACACCUUGGAGACAAAAAUCUUUCUGAUUGAGAAGGGGUGAAAUACUUAUUUCCCUCAUUAAAAUCCAAAUCAAUUUAUAACAUUUUUGACAUGCGUUUUUCUGGAUUUUGUUGUUUUUAUUCUGUCUCUCACUGUUCAAAUAAACCUACGAUUAAAAUUAUAGACUGAUCAUUUCUUUGUCAGUGGGCAAACGUACAAAAUCAGCAGGGGAUCAAAUACUUUUUUCCCUCACUGUAGGCCUAUUGCAUGCUCAAGGGCUCUGGAUCAAUUGUAUACCUUACCACACAAAUACAGUUUAGAUCAGGGAUCAUCAAUUAGAUUCAGCCGUGGGACGAUAUAUUUUCUUGAGCAGAUGGUCAGGUGGCUGGAACAUAAUCAAAAAUCAUUUGUAGACAAAUAAUUGACCGCAAUAAGGCCAAAAAUAUAUAUUUGACUAAAACAUAAUCAUUUCAAACCUUGCUUACAUUUGUAUACUAACACAUAUACAGUAUUUCUCUAUUAUGCGUGGGAAUACUUUGGAACAGAUUUCCAAAAUUAAAAUAACUUGGAACUGAUUUCCUGGUGUUUUUACAGUCUAUUAUGUCCAACAAUUUACAAAAAUAAUGUGCAUUUAUUUUGUUUUUUUUGCUCAGAAAACUAUAUCACCCGUGGCCCAAAUUGGGGGGUUUAGAUUUCCCCAUGCUUGCAACAUUUAAAUGUUUAUUUGAUAAAGUUUGCUCCUCAGGCUCAGUCACUUUUAUUGCCUCUCCUUGGGUGCAAUCCCAAGUAUUUAACAAUGAGAUCCACUGCCUUAACCAAUGGUGUCUUCUGUGUGCGUGUGUGCCGGGCAACUAGCCUAACCAAGUAAACCUUCCAAGUUCCAACCAACCCACUAAUCGACCAACCAAAGCGUAAAGGAGCAUUGACGUAAAAAUUGGAGGCUACACUGGACCAGUAGGACUAUCCAACAAAACGGCUACUACUGUGCCUUAUCUAAUGGGCAGCUCUGAUAAUCAGCUGCUAGUGCCUGCAGACACAGAGUUCAAUUAUUUAUCUUUAGUGUAAUUUUUAACAAAGUUGUGCACAUGUGUCUAAUACCAGACCCUCUUUGAUAAGAAGAAUGCUGCCAAAAAGAGGGAGGAGGAGGCAGCGGCUGCCGCGGCGGCUGCGAACGGCAGGGGCGAUGGGGGCAAGGCGGAGGGAGGAGGUGGAGGAGCCAAGAAGAAGGGAGGAGAUAAGAUGUCAGUGGAGAGGGUGUACCAGAAGAAGACCCAGCUGGAGCACAUUCUACUGAGGCCAGACACCUACAUCGGCUCUGUGGAACCUGUCACCCAGGUGGGUUAGGUUCAUCAUGACUGUAGACGUCUAGCUUGUGUUCAGGAGGGUGCAACAGAAAACAAAAUAUUUAUUUUAUUUGUGGGUAACAUCUCCCAUUUUCACUCCUGUUUUGUGCCUACAGAAGACUCAUUUUCUACACAACAUUAGUCACAACAACAUCCAGUUCUGUAGCUAGAUCUAACCGAGAAAUCUGUUGUUGCUCUUUGUUGUUGAUGUGAAGUAUUAUGAAUGGUUGAUCAAUAAAAUAAAAUAAAUUAUCCCCUUUCAGCAAAUGUGGGUUUUCGAUGAAGAUCUUGGGAUGAAUCUCAGAGAAAUCACUUAUGUCCCUGGAUUAUACAAAAUCUUUGAUGAAAUUCUUGGUAAGUGUAUUUAUCAGGAUCUUUUAAAGCAGAACAUACACAGGUGAGAAGGUGGUCAUUAUGAACUAGCCAUAGCCCUCAGUGCAUUGUUAUUAGGCUAGAUGUUAUUACUGUGAUGGCCUCUGAUGGACAUUCCCUCAAGGUAGCCUAACGGUGAAUUAAAAAGCCGCUGGAUCGAAACCCCGAGCCGACUAGGUGAAAAAUCUGUCUGUGCCUUUGAGCAAGGCACUUAACCCUAAUUGCUCCUGUAAGUCAGUUGACCGAUCUACAUUUGACAUUUGAGUCAUUUAGCACAGUGGUUCCCAAACGGUUAUUAUUUUUUAAAAAAAUUUAAGGAACUCAGUCCGGCUUUAAGCGUACUCUUUAAAGUUGUGAUAAUAGAAUGCACAAGGUGCAAUUUCGAAAUUGGGUAGUGCAUCGUCAGUUCUUCUUGUCAUGUUAGUCAUUGCAUACCUUAGAGAGCUAUUUCUAACUUGUCAGAAACGUUUUUUUAUUUAGUUUUUUUUUAGCCCAUAGAUAUUGUUGUAUUUUUUAGUCACUCAAAUAUCACAUUGAAUACACCGCAUUUUCUUUGCACCCCAUGACAAAAUGUGUAGAAUUGCAGGAAAUAAGCUUUAAACCUGCAAAAUUCUCUCCACUGACAAGAGGGGUGUGAACAGUUUGUGUCAUGAACAGUGCUUGUGCCCAUAGAAAUAGAUGUGGCACAGGAUGUUCCCCAAUGCUGGAAGGGGGGCCCCAAGGGAAAAAGUUUGGAAACCCCUGAUUUAGCAGACACUCCAGACAGACAGACUUGCAGUACAUUCAGUAAUUCUAUUGUUGUAGGUAGGAUGAUAUCAUUUUUGUACACCUGUCCAGUGAUUGGAGAUGAAAACACGCUUUUUAGCUAGGCCUAUUAUCUGGUCCAUCAAUACAUCUGAAACAUCUAUUAGAUGAAACCUAUUUUGUAGAGGAGCUAGCUUGUCCUUGUGUGUUCUGUGGACUGCCUGUCCCCCCUCCUCCUUGCUCCUACUCCUCAUGUAGCCAUUUGUCUGGAAUGAAGAGCCGUCUGAGGAAAUAUUUUAUUGGUUGUCAGUCACACAGAUUAAGGCAAGCGGCAGCAGCAUCCAUUGUUGGUCUAUGUUAUGUGUUUGGCUGACUGGAACAUUAAUAUGGGGUACAACCAAUUAUUGUACCACAAAAUGUUAGGCUUCUGCAUUGAUGAAAAAAUGAAAAAGAUGAAUACCCUUUCCUGUAAGAGUAUGUUUAUACCAGGCACUACCUUGAGCGAUCAAACUGCUGGAAGUCAGUCGUAUGCAAUGGAAGGAGACAUUUUACAUUUUAGUCAUUUAACAGACACUCUUAUCCAGAGCGACUUACAGUUAGUGAGUGCAUAAAUGUUUCAUACUGGCCCCCCGUGGGAAACGAACCCACAACCCUGGCGUUGCAAGCGCCAUGCUCUACCAACUGAGCUACACGGGAGACAUGAGAAGACAUUUGAGUUCUUUGCUCCACACAGUGUUCAUUUAGCUGUUUUAUAGUGGUGAUAAGGUAAUGAUCGCAGUCUGUCCUUGCUGCCCAAAUAUUCACUAGUUCCUACCACGUCUAUGUAAUUACUGACUAGACAUAACUCACACAGGGUCAGUCACACAUAAUGUCACAUUACAACUCAAGCAAAAGCUUGAAAUGAAACAGGCCAACCAAACUGUUUAACCGACAGUAUGUUUCCAGUAUGAGAGACUGCUGUGUUGAAGGGAUGUGGUUCUCAAGUGUGUCUAAAGCUCUUGAUGUGUUCUCCCGAGUGGCGCAGUGGUCUGUGCCACUAGAGAUCCUGGUUCGAAUCCAGGCUCUGUCAUAGCCGGCCGCGACCGGGAGACCCAUGGGGCGCGCAUAAUUGGCCCUGCGUCGUCCAGGGUAGGGGAGGGAAUGGCCAGCAGGGAUGUAGCUCAGUUGGUAGAGCAUGGCGUUUGCAACGCCAGGGUUGUGGGUUCAAUUCUCACGGGGGGCCAGUAUGAAACAUUUAUGCACUCACUAACUGUAAGUCGCUCUGGAUAAGAGCGUCUGCUAAAUGACUAAAAUGAAAAUGUAAUGAAAAUGCAAGUACCAAGUACAGUAUCUUCUCAAUAGUCUAACAUAAUUAAAUCCCUGCAGUCUACUACUUCUCAUUUCAACUUGUUUUUCUCUACUCCACAGUCAACGCAGCCGACAACAAACAGCGGGAUAAGAGCAUGUCGACCAUAAAGAUCUCCAUUGAUCCGUAAGUACACAGUAAGCAGUUAUCAAUCCUUAGUCCAGUUUGAGCCCCAAAACUCUACUGUGCACUCUGCAUAGGUAGGCACAGCAGCUUCCCUCUGUUGCACUUAGUUGUCAUGCAUCCGUCAUUUUAUAAUACAUUCUGUUUAACAGUCCUGUUUUGUGACAACAAACCCCUCUGCUCGCCCUUAGGUCAUGCGUAGGAGUGUUAGAAAAGUCAAAUCAUUUGAGCCUAGCAGCGCCACCCCCCAAAAAUUGUGCAGUGCAUGCUGCCAAGGUAGGAGCAGCGGCUUGCCUUCAUUGGAAAACAAUUGCUCGCCCAGCCAAAUGCCAUUUUUGCUGUUAGAAUGUGAAAGCCCUUUAAUAAAAUAAUUAGUCAGGGUUUUUCAAGCAUCACUUUAGGAGGUAGUUUAGUGUAUAUGAGUGGCUGUUUUAAUAUAUACAGUUGAAGUCGGAUGUUUACAUACACUUAGGUUGGAGUCAUUAAAACUCGUUUUUUCAACCACUCCACAAAUGUCUUGUUAACAAACUAUAGUUUUGGCAAGUCGGUUAGGACAUCUACUUUGUGCAUGACACAAGUAAUUUUUCCAACAAUUGUUUACAGACCGAUUAUUUCACUUAUAAUUCACUGUAUCACAAUUCCAGUGGGUCAGAAGUUUACAUACACUAAGUUGACUGUGCCUUUAAACAGCUUGGAAAAUUCCAGAAAAUGAUGUCAUGGCUUUAGAAGCUUCUGAUAGGCUAAUUUACAUCAUUUGAGUCAAUUGGAGGUGUACCUGUGGAUGUAUUUCAAGGCCAACCUUCAAACUCAGUGCCUCUGAUUGACAUAAUGGGAAAAUCAAAAGAAAUCAGCCAAGACCUCAGAAAAAAAAUUGUAGAGCUCCACAAGUCUGGUUCAUCCUUGGGAGCAAUUUCCAAAUGCCUGAAGGUACCACAUUCAUCUGUACAAACAAUAGUGCGCAAGUAUAAACACCAUGGGACCACGCAGCCAUCAUACCGCUCAGGAAGGAGACGCGUUCUGUCUCCUAGAGAUGAACGUACUUUGAUGCGAAAAGUGCAAAUCAAUCCCAGAACAACAGAAAAAGGACCUUGUGAAGACGCUGGAGGAAACAGGUACAAAAGUAUCUAUAUCCACAAUAAAAUAAAACGACAUAACCUGAAAGGCCGCUCAGCAAGGAAGAAGCCACUGCUCCAAAACCGCCAUAAAAAAGCCAGACUACGGUUUGCAACUGCACUUGGGGACAAAGAUUGUACUUUUUGGAGAAAUGUCCUCUGGUCUGAUGAAAUAAAAUGUUUGGCCAUAAUGACCAUCAUUAUGUUUGGAGGAAAAAGGGGGGGCUUGCAAGCCGAAGAACACCAUCCCAACGUGAAGCACGGGGGUGGCAGCAUCAUACUGUGGGGGUGCUUUGCUGCAGGAGGGACUGGUGCACUUCAUAAAAUAGAUGGCAUCAUGAGGAAGGAAAAUUAUGUGGAUAUAUUCAAGCAACAUCUCAAGACAUCAGUCAGGAAGUUAUAGCUUGGUCGCAAAUGGGUCUUCCAAAUGGACAAUGAACCCAAGCAUACGUCCACAGUUGUGGCAAAAUGGCUUAAGGACAACAAAGUCAAGGUAUUGGAGUGGCCAUCACAAAGCCCUGACCUCAAUCCUAUAGAACAUUUGUGGGUAGAACUGAAAAGGCGUGUGCGAGCAAGGAGGCCUACAUACCUGACUCAGUUACACCAGCUCUGUCAGGAGGAAUGUACCAAAAUCACUCAGUUUAUUGUGGGAAGCUUGUGGAAGGCUACCCGAAACGUUUGACCCAAGUUAAACAAUUUAAAGGCAACGCUACCAAAUACUAAUUGAGUGUAUGUAAACUUCUGACCCACUGGGAAUGUGAUGAAUGUGAUGAAAGAAAUGAAAGCUGAAAUAAGUCAUUCUCUCUACUAUUAUUCUGACAUUUCACAUUCUUAAAAUAAAGUGGUGAUCCUAACUGACCUAAGACAGGGAAUUUUUACUAGGAUUAAAUGUCAGGAAUUGUGAAAAACUGAGUUUAAAUGUAUGACUUCAACUGUAAAUGUAAUAUAGUGCUUUCGCACUUUAAUGCAGUCAGAUUGUCACACCCCCUGUGUCUCUCUAGACUUGCAAUUCAGUGAUUGCUAAAAAAAAAUAUGCGGAGUUAGUUACCAUGGAAAUGGUUCUGGUUGACCAAUAAAAUAAGCCUGCAACCCAAUAGUUCAUUCAGCUCACUAAGUAGCCUUAUAAAUAUACAGUGCCUUCAGAAAGCAUUCAUACCCCUUAACUUAUUCAACAUUUUGUUGUGUUAUAGCCUGAAUUCAAAAUUGAUUAAAAAAUAAUAAUAAUUCACCCAUCUACGCACAAUACCCCAUAAUGACAAAGUGAAAACAUGUUUAUACUUUUUAUUCUCGCAAAUGUAUUGAAAAUGGAAUACAGAAAUAUCUCAUUUACAUAAGUAUACACAUCACACCCCUGAGUAAAUACAUGUUAGAAUCACAUUUUGGCAGCAAUUACAGCUGUGAGUCUUUCUGGGUAAGUCUAUAAGAGCUUUCCACACCUGGAUUGUACAAUAUUUGAGUAUAAAAAUAAAUAAAUACAGUGGGGGAAAAAAGUUUGGAGUUUGGACAGAACACCACAUACAGUGUGGGAAAAAAGUAUUUAGUCAGCCACCAAUUGUGCAAGUUCUCCCACUUAAAAAGAUGUGAGAGGCCUGUAAUUUUCAUCAUAGGUACACGUCAACUAUGACAGACAAAAUGAGAUUUUUUUCUCCAUAAAAUCACAUUGUAGGAUUUUUAAUGAAUUUAUUUGCAAAUUAUGGUGGAAAAUAAGUAUUUGGUCAAUAACAAAAGUUUCUCAAUACUUUGUUAUAUACCCUUUGUUGGCAAUGACACAGGUCAAACGUUUUCUGUAAGUCUUCACAAGGUUUUCACACACUGUUGCUGGUAUUUUGGCCCAUUCCUCCAUGCAGAUCUCCUCUAGAGCAGUGAUGUUUUGGGGCUGUCGCUGAGCAACACAGACUUUCAACUCCCUCCAAAGAUUUUCUAUGGGGUUGAGAUCUGGAGACUGGCUAGGCCACUCCAGGACCUUGAAAUGCUUCUUACGAAGGCACUCCUUCGUUGCCCGGGCGGUGUGUUUGGGAUCAUUGUCAUGCUGAAAGACCCAGCCACGUUUCAUCUUCAAUGCCCUUGCUGAUGGAAGGAGGUUUUCACUCAAAAUCUCACGAUACAUGGCCCCAUUCAUUCUUUCCUUUACACGGAUCAGUCGUCCUGGUCCCUUUGCAGAAAACAGCCCCAAAGCAUGAUGUUUCCACCCCCAUGCUUCACAGUAGGUAUGGUGUUCUUUGGAUGCAACUCAGCAUUCUUUGUCCUCCAAACACGACGAGUUGAGUUUUUACCAAAAAGUUCUAUUUUGGUUUCAUCUGACCAUAUGACAUUCUCCCAAUCCUCUUCUGGAUCAUCCAAAUGCACUCUAGCAAACUUCAGACGGGCCUGGACAUGUACUGGCUUAAGCAGGGGGACACGUCUGGCACUGCAGGAUUUGAGUCCCUGGCGGCGUAGUGUGUUACUGAUGGUAGGCUUUAUUGCUUUGGUCCCAGCUCUCUGCAGGUCAUUCACUAGGUCCCCCCGUGUGGUUCUGGGAUUUUUGCUCACCGUUCUUGUGAUCAUUUUGACCCCACGGGAUGAGAUCUUGCGUGGAGCCCCAGAUCGAGGGAGAUUAUCAGUGGUCUUGUAUGUCUUCCAUUUCCUAAUAAUUGCUCCCACAGUUGAUUUCUUCAAACCAAGCUGCUUACCUAUUGCAGAUUCAGUCUUCCCAGCCUGGUGCAGGUCUACAAUUUUGUUUCUGGUGUCCUUUGACAGCUCUUUGGUAUUGGCCAUAGUGGAGUUUGGAGUGUGACUGUUUGAGGUUGUGGACAGGUGUCUUUUAUACUGAUAACAAGUUCAAACAGGUGCCAUUCAUACAGGUAACGAGUGGAGGACAGAGGAGCCUCUUAAAGAAGAAGUUACAGGUCUGUGAGAGCCAGAAAUCCUGCUUGUUUGUAGGUGACCAAAUACUUAUUUUCCACCAUAAUUUGCAAAUAAAUUCAUUAAAAAUCCUACAAUGUGAUUUUCUGUCUCUUCUUUUCUCAAUUUGUCUGUCAUAGUUGACGUGUACCUAUGAUGAAAAUUACAGGCCUCUCUCAUCUUUUUAAGUGGGAGAACUUGCACAUUUGGUGGCUGACUAAAUACUUUUUUUCCCCACUGUAUGUAUGCACUCACUAAAACUGUAAGUCGCUCUGGAUAAGAGCGUCUGCUAAAUGACUAAAAUGUAUUAUUCUUUUCAAAAUUCUUCAAGCUCUGUCAAAUUGGUUGUUGAUCAUCUAGACAACCAUUUUCAAGUCUUACCAUAGAUUUAAGUCAAAACUGUAACUCUGCCACUCAGGAACAUUCGUUGUCUUCUUGGUAAGCAACUCCAGUGUUUUAGGUUAUUGUCCUGCUGAAAGGUGAAUUCAUCUCCCAGUGUCUGGGGGAAAGCCACCACUAUGCUUGUGUUGUAUUGGAUUUUCUCCAAACUGAACACUUUGUAUUCAGGACAAAAAGUGAAUUGCUUUGCCUCAUUUUUUGCAGUAUUACUUUAGUGCUGUGUUGCAAAAUGGAUGCAUGUUAUAGAAUAUUUUUAUUCUGUACACUCUGUCAAUUAGGAGGUUAGUAUUGUGAAGUAACUACAAUGUGGUUGAUCCAUCCUCAGUUUUCUCCUGUCACAGCCAUUAAACUCUGUUUUAAAGUCACCAUUAGCCUAAUAGUGAAAUCCACUCUGGCAACUAAGUUAGGAAGGACAGCAGUAUCUUUGUACUGACUGGGUGUAUUGAUAAACCAUCCACAGUGUAAUUAAUAACUUCACGAUGUUCAAAGGGAUAUUCAAUGUCUGCUUUUUUUUCUACCAAUAGGUGCCCUUCUUUGCGAGGCAUUGGAAAACCUCCCUGAUGUUUGUGGUUGAAUCUGUGUUUGAAAUUCACUGCUUGACUGAGGGACCUUACAGAUAAUUGUAUGUGUGGGGUACAGAGAUGAGGUAGUCAUUCGAAAAUCAUGUUAAACACUAUUAUUGCAAACAGAGUCCUUGCAACUUAUUAUGUGAUUUGUUAAGCACAUUUUUACUCCGGAACUUAUUUAGGCUUGCCAAAACAAAGGGGUUGAAUACUUGAAGACAUUUCAGCUUUUCAUAAAUAAAAACAUAUCACUUUGACAUUAUGGGCUAUUGUGUGUAGGCCAGUGACUAAAAUCUCAAUUUAAUCCAUUUUAAAUUCAGGCUGUAACACAACAAAAUGUGGGAAAAGUGAACGGGUGUGAAUACUUUCUGAAGGCACUGUAUCAAGGCAUGCAGAUACUUCUGUGGGUAUUCGAAAAAUGCGGAGCAUGUCUGCCCACUGUGAUGUGUGUGUGUGUGUGUGUGUGUGUGUGUGUGUGUGUGUGUGCGUGCGAGCGAGACUUCCUAACCUCCUGCCAAAUGUAUGACCAUAUUAGAGACAUGCUCUAAUAUGAGAGAAUUCCAAAACAAACCCAAUUUUCAUAAACUCCCAUAUCUACUGUGUGAAAUAUCACAGCAGCAACAUUUGUGACCUGUUGCCACAAGAAAAGGGCAACCAGUGAAGAACAAACACCAUUGUAAAUACAACCCAUAUUUAUGUUUAUUUAUUUUCCCAUUUGUACUUUAACUCUUUGCACAUUUUUACAACACUGUAUAUAUACAUAAUAACAUUUGAAAUGUAUUUAUUCUUUUGGAACUUCUGAGUGUAAUGUUUACUGUUAAUUUGUAUUGUUUAUUUCACUUUUGUUUACUAUCUACUUCACUUGCUUUGGCAAUGUUAACAUACGUUUCCCAUGCCAAUAUGCCAUUGAAUUGAAUUGAGAGAGUGAGUGUAAGUAAGUAUUCGGAAAGUAUUCACACCCCUUGACUUUUUCAACAUUUUGUUACAUUACAGCCUUAUUCUAAAAUGGAUUAAAUUAUUUUUAUCCUCAUCAAUCUACACAUAAUACCCCAUAACUAUUCAGACCCUUUGCUAUGAGACUCGAAAUUGAGCUCCGGUGCAUCCUGUUUCCAUUGAUCAUCCUUGAGAUGUUUCUACAACUUGAUUGGGGUCCACCUGUGGUAAAUUGAAUUGAUUGGACAUGAUUUGGACAGGCACACACCUGUCAAUACAAGGUCCCACAGUUGACAGUGCAUUUCAGAGCAAAAACCAAACCAGGUCGAAGGAAUUGUCCGUAGAGCACCGAGACAGGAUUGUGUCGAGACACAGAUCUGGGGGAGGGUACCAACAAAUUUUGCAGCAUUGAAGGUCCCCAAGAACACAGUGGCCUCCAUCAUUCCUAAAUGGAAGAAGUUUGGAACCACCAAGACUCUUCCUAGAGCUGGCUGCCCGGCCAAAGAAUCGGGGGAGAAGGCCUUGGCCAGGGAGGUGACCAAGAACCUGAUGGUCACUCUGACAGAGCUCCAGAGUUCAUCUGUGGAGAUGGGAGAACCUUCCAGAAGGACAACCAUCUCUGCAGCACACCACCAAUCAGGCCUUUAUGGUAGAGUGGCCAGACGGAAUCCACUCCUCAGUAAAAGGCACAUGACAGCCCGCUUGGAGUUUGCCAAUAGGUAUCUAAAGACUCUCAGACCAUGAGAAACAAGAUUAUCUGGUCUGAUGAAACCAAGAUUGAACUCUUUGGCCUGAAUGCCAAGCGUCACGUCUGGAGGAAACCUGGCACCAUCCCUACGGUGAAGCAUGGUGGUGGCAGCAUGUGGGGAUGUUUUUCAGCGGCAGGGACAGGGAGACCAGUCAGGAUCGAGGCAAAGAUGAACGGAGCGUACAGAGAGAUCCUUGAUGAAAACCUGCUCCAGAGCGUUCAGGACCUUGCAACAGGACAACAACCCUACAACCCUAAGCACACAGCCAAGACAACGCAGGAGUGGCUUCGGGACAAGUCUCUGAAUGUCCUUGAGUGGCCCAGCUGUAGCCCAUAGACCUGAAAAUAGCUGUGCAGUGACACUCUCCAUCGAACCUGACAGAGCUUGAGAAGAUCUGCAGAGAAGAAUGGGGGAAACUCCCCAAAUACAGGUGUGCCAAGCUUGUAGUAUUAUACCCAAGAAGACUUGAGGCUGUAAUCGCUGCCAAAGGUGCUUCAACAAAGUACUGAGUAAAGGGUCUGAAUACUUAUGUAAAUGUGAUAUUUUCGGGUAUUUUGUUAUUUGCUAACAUUUCUAAAAACCUGUUAUGGCUUUGUCAAUAUGGAGUAUUGUGUGUAGAUUGAUGAAGGGAUUUUUUUUUUUUAAAUCCAUUUUAGAAUAAGGCUGUAACGUAACAAAAUGUGGAAAAAGUCAAGAUGUCUGAAUACUUUCCGAAUGCACUGUAUCUCUGGGUGGAGAGAGGGAGGUACUGUAGAGGCUGAUAGAUCUCUGGGUAGGUCUUAAUGAACAGUCGGCUCUGGAAUUCAGGGAGCUCAUUUAACAUGCUGUUCACCUACGGCACGACAUCCACAGCAAUCUACACACACACACACACACACACACACACAGCAGACUGCUUAAUGUCAGAGUGUCCUUCAGAGGGGCUCCCUGUCUCCUCCCUGUGAGGCCUGUCUGUAUGUCUCUCUCUCUACCACCCUGUCCUGUCAUCUCUCUCCUCUCUUAUGUAUCUCUCUUUCUCCUUCUCUUUCCCCCGCUCUCUUUCUCCUUUCUUCUCCUCUGUUGCUCUCAAGGGCUGGAAUUUAUAAUGGUGUUUUAUGAAUGUUCGAGCCCCUUUCCAGAGCUUAAAUCGUCACACGUUGGGCUUAUUUCGUUUGGCUGUGUUGCUCCACAGUUUCAAAUCACAGCCCUAAAUCCACUGGGGAGAAGAGUCCUCUGGCAAAUGGGGAUUGGUUGCAGUAUUGUAAAAUGUUGAGAUGUUUACUUGUCAGAAAGGUCUGGCUAGAUUUAUGAACUAAAUAGGAAUAUUACGUCUUAAAAUAUUUUAUUCAUGAUCUUAAUCUAAAGGUUAGUACAUCUAAAUGGAAAUACAUAAUGGUUAUUGAAGUUGGGUCAUGAUGAUUAUGUCAGUCCUGUGAAGUUCUUCCACCUCCAUUGUUUAUCCCUCCUUGUUUGUUUCUUCGUUCAUCAUCCCCCUCUCCUCUCUUCCCUCAGUGAGUCCAACACCAUCACCAUCUGGAACAAUGGUAAAGGCAUCCCUGUGGUGGAACACAAAGAUGAGAAGAUGUACGUUCCCGCUCUCAUCUUCGGACACCUCCUCACCUCCAGUAACUACGACGACGAGCAGAAGAAAGUCACAGGUGUGAAAAAUCACUCUGAAAACGAGAAUCUAAUUAAUGUAUUAAUUAUUCUUUGUCCAUUUGUGUAAUAACAUUUCAUAUGGUUUCGAUAAAGCUUUCUACAGAACGUCUAACCUAAAAUAUUUUCAUACUAUCUGCUUUUAUGAUCUCAGCUGAAUAGUUUUGUAGUGCCCCUUGCAGUGCUUAGUAACAAUACACCGGAAUUAGUGAAUGACUAUAGGUCAAUCUCUCCACGAAUGAAAGCAUGUCUCCCUUCUGUUUUCCUCAUAGGUGGAAGGAACGGGUACGGUGCUAAACUCUGCAACAUCUUCAGCACAAAGUUCACAGUGGAAACCGCCUGCAAGGAGUACAAACACAGCUUCAAACAGGUACAGACAAUGAGAAAGCACAGUGUGAUUGAGGUCUGUUGUUUAGUCAACCUUGAAAAUAACAUUAAUCAAACAGCUGAACACCAGUUGAUGUUUUGUAGGGGUACAGUAUGUGACAUAUAAGGGGGUGAGUAUGAGUUGAUUCUCACUGUCGGGUGUGGUCUCACAGGAUUCUUCGUUGAUAUUGUAGGAUUCUACAUAGUUUUGGGGGAUUUCGGUAAUUUCUCAUAAACCAGAUGGUUGUCUUUGUUUGUGUGGUUUGUCCUACAAUUGUCACUUUCAGUGAAAUGACUCACCUAAAUAGUGAUAGUUUGUUCAAUCAGUUUCAUAAGGCUUUUUAUUAACUCGUAUCUCUUUGAUGGAAUUUCACAAUACAACCUCAUGAUUCACUCUAGUUUCCUUAACAUGUGAAGAAUGUAGUACAUUUCAUGACAGUCUCUCCCCCUUUUUUCUUUCUCUCUCCCUCCCUCUCCCCAGACUUGGCAGAACAACAUGGGGAAGACGAGCGACCCCAAGAUCAAGUUCUUUGACGGGGACGACUUCACGUGCGUGACCUUCCAGCCGGACCUGUCCAAGUUCAAGAUGGAGAAGCUGGACAAGGACAUCGUGGCUUUGCUCACCAAGAGGGCCUACGACAUCGCUGGCUCUUGCAAGGGCGUCAAAGUCAUGCUCAACGGGAAGAAACUCCCUGUAAGUCCCCCCCCCCCCCCAUUUAUCCGCACAUAGUAGGAUGGGCUGUCCCAUAUACACAGACUACGUGCUUGGAAGACCCUGGGCAAAACAUUUUGACUUGAAAUAAAACGGCUCAUUUCAUUACACCUGUUUCAAUACAAUGUCAUUUGCUAAUAACCUUUCCAGAACCGGAGGCACUAUCUAAACCCGGUUUAGGCUCUUCUCACCUGUCCUUUCCCUCUCCUCCCAGGUGACAGGGUUCCGCAGCUAUGUGGACCUGUACGUGAAGGACAAGCUGGACGAGGUGGGCGUGGCCCUGAAGGUGGUCAACGAGUCGGUCAACGAGCGCUGGGAGGUGUGUCUCACCAUGAGUGAGAAGGGAUUCCAACAGAUCAGCUUCGUCAACAGUAUCGCCACCACCAAGGUAACAUCCCCCCAGGGAAUGUUCUAUUACCAGAACUAUACCCUUCCAUUUGGAAAACUGUGACUUGACCAAUCUAGGAAUAAUGGACAGAAAUGAAGUGUGAUUUGCAUGUGGAAAUAUACUGGGAUGCGUGUGCAUUUUGAUGGUAUUCACAUUUUGGAGUAUGACUUGAAUCCCUUUCAACCACAUCAGACAUGUUUUAUGUACUACACUGCUUGUUUUGUGCCAUUCAGGGUGGCAGACACAUUGAUUACGUGGUGGACCAGAUCGUAGCCAAGCUGAUAGAAGUGGUGAAGAAGAAGAACAAAGCUGGUGUCUCAGUCAAACCCUUCCAGGUUAGUUAUUACUAUCGUAUUACUGUGUUAUUACUAUGUUACUACAAUAGUGUUACUAGUAAUUACAUUGUUACUGGUAUAAGAGCAACAUAGUGUAACGUUCGGCUACAAUCUUAAUGCUUUACUUUUGUCUGACUCAGGUGAAGAACCACAUCUGGGUGUUUGUGAAUGCGUUGAUCGAGAACCCGACCUUUGACUCCCAGACCAAGGAGAACAUGACCCUCCAGACCAAGAGCUUUGGUUCUAAGUGCCCUCUGUCUGAGAAGUUCAUCAGAGCGGUAAGGAGAUUCUUCUUCAUAAAUUACUUUUCUUUAACACAAUGAAAUAUCACUACCUCCUACAUGUAUACAUCCUAUGUUGGGCAUUUACUCUCCACAUACACUGUUUCCUCACAGAGAAAGUCAAGUUAUUUAGAUUGAAUUGAUAUCAUAUGAUCUCUAAAAUCAGUUCCAGGUCCUUUCUUGUGUUUUCGGUUCACCUGGAAUAUUAAACAAUGAUCUAUCAUUCAAUUCUUUAUUUUGUCUGCAGGCGACCAACUGUGGCAUCGUGGAGAGUAUCCUGAACUGGGUGAAGUUCAAGGCCCAGACACAACUCAACAAGAAGUGUUCUUCAGUGAAGCACAGCAAGAUUAAAGGCAUCCCCAAGCUGGACGACGCCAACGAUGCCGGUAAGACAACCACAACUACUCUGCUCUGUGUGCAUAAGCCCUACGACGUUCCUAAUCUACUUAUCCACCAAGAGGGCCUCUUUUACCAAAUGUUUAUAUUGAAACUAGUUGAAGACUUUAAAGUAGGAUGGGCGAACAGAGCUAGGCGGUUGGGCCCCACCCCAUUUUAUAAAAGGGGAAACACUAGGUUGUUUAAACACACACUGAACUGCACGUCUUUCUUCCGUCUUCACCCCCAGGUGGUAAACACUCGUCAGAAUGCACUCUGAUCCUGACUGAGGGUGACUCGGCCAAGUCCCUGGCCGUCUCCGGCCUUGGCGUCAUUGGGCGAGAUCGCUAUGGUGUCUUCCCAUUACGAGGAAAGAUCCUGAACGUACGAGAGGCCACACACAAACAGGUUAGUGUCUAGAGAGUGGUUAGAUAGGGCUGGGAGAGUGUAUGAGUGAUUACAAUCUAAAUUAUGAAUGUAUCGAGCAUACACCACAAUGAUAAAUAAUCUUGUAAACACAUAAAUACUCAAGGGAUUUACAUAGAUCGUUUCCCAAACGUGGCACAAGGACCAUUCUGAUCAACAUAAUUUAAAAGUGAAUCCAAACUCUUUUAGGUGGAGUCCACUGAGCCAGGGUGGCCCAUCCUGCCUAUGUCAGGUAGGGAAACACUGACACAUCCAUUUUUCUCUUUCCCACCAGAUCAUGGAGAACGCAGAGAUCAACAACAUCAUCAAGAUCGUGGGUCUGCAGUACAAGAAGAGCUACGAGGACCCAGAGUCUCUGAGAUCCCUACGCUACGGCAAGAUCAUGAUCAUGACCGAUCAGGUUCUAACACUUAAUCAAUCCCACCAACGCCUGACGUCUACAAUUGACCGAUGUCUUGCAAUUUUCAUCAUAAUCAAUAAUUGUAAUAACUAUGAGCAUAAAGCAUCUUUCAUACAUUAUCCAUGCUCAAAGCCUUGUUUUGUGGAAGUUAAACUCUCUUAAGGUUCAUCUGAAAUGGCGCUAUUCCCUAUGUAGUAUGGUGUAGUGCACCAAAUGUAGUGCACUACAUAUGGAAUAGGGUACCAUUUUGGACGUACCCUUGGGUCAUAACAAUCCAUACUAAUAGUGUGUGUCUUUGUGUUGAUUAUCUGCUGACAGGAUCAAGAUGGCUCCCAUAUCAAGGGUUUGCUCAUCAACUUCUUCCAUCACAACUGGCCAUCCCUGCUCAAACACACCUUCCUGGAGGAGUUCAUCACGCCUAUCGUCAAAGUAAGACUCACACAGAUAAUGUCAGCUUAUGGCAACUGACUUUAAACUGUUAUAACACAAACAAUGUUUAGAUUGGCAUGGCUUAAAGCUAGCAAACAUGGUUCUAAUGCUGCUUUUAACUCUUUCCUGCAGGUGAACAAGAAUAAACAGGAGCAUGCUUUCUACAGCAUUCCAGAGUUUGACGAAUGGAAGAAACAGACAGUCAACUUUAAAACCUGGCAUAUAAAGUACUACAAAGGUUUGUUCAUCACAUGUGGAUAAUCCUCCAAACUAACCAUUAUUGUUAGAAGCUAUUCUGUUUCACACUACCGAGGCAAUUCGAGCCAAACUGUUCUGUGCUGGCCUGAAUAUACGCCACCAUAGUUGCUGGACCAUGCUGAAAAUAUCUGAGCCAGCUCAGUACAGUUUGGGUUGGCACGAUAGUGUGAAAAAGGUUGGAGUGUUUGUUUGUGUUCCAGGUUUGGGUACCAGUACAAGCAAGGAGGCCAAGGAGUACUUUGCAGACAUGGAGAAACACCGGAUCAUGUUCAGAUACGCCGGGACAGAGGACGAUGCUGCCAUCACACUGGUGGGUUUUCCAUGGACACCACUCUCUCCUUUUUUCCUGUCAUGGUCUUUGAAUACUUUCUCAUUAAAUGGACAGAAAAUAGCUAGAAAAGGUAGAAAAUCAAUUCUAAAAUGGCUAUACAAAUGUAUUAAUCAAGCUAGUUUUGCUGUCGCACAAAAUGUAUUACUGCUUUCUUCCGACCUAUCAACUCACACAAGAUGGUUUUUGACUUUAUUUGUCUGUGCUCUGCUUGAGAAAUCUUUGCCAAAUGGAGAGGGGACUGACAGUGAUGUCAUUUGACUGACAGUGAUCUAUCCAUUGCUGUCUGUCUCUAGGCAUUCAGUAAGAAGAAGACUGACGACAGGAAGGAGUGGCUCACCAACUUCAUGGAGGACAGGAGACAGAGGAGGAUGCACGGCCUGCCAGAGGUGGGUGGGACUGACUGUGUGACCGACUGGGUUCAAACCCGGAUCUCCUGCAUGCCAGAAGACUGUUAGCCCGCCUAGCUUAAAGGAAAGAUUUACCAAUUUGUUUAUGUUUUAUCGUAUUUGUGCAUCUCUGAGCGAUGUUCUAUCGAUUCCUGGGGUCAUUUCAUGUUUUCAUGUGUAUCUGAGCUAUUCACCGUUCAAGCAGGCUGAAAUACAGCCAGUAUAACAAGUUUUGCAUACCUCCUAUAGUGUAAAUCUUCAGGUCUCUACAAUGGUUACUCAGCACACAAGUGUGCUUCACUGAAACACCUAGCUUCCAUCUGCACUGUGAGAGACGGUCCAGAUCAUUCACAUCAGUGCAGAGGAAGGAAAGGAGAGUAGGGGAAGCAACAAACUAUUGAGAUGCGCCCUGUGAGAGACUGUUGGAUGUUGGAGUUUGAUUAAAGGAAGAGGAUGUAGACUGUUUAGAUCUUUCUGUUUUCAUAGUCAUCUCUCCACCAUGGGAGUUACUUUAUCACCGCUUGUUUAGAGUCUUCUAGCUGGCUCCUUUGAUUCACAAGAAUCUGAUGAUUUCAGUGUUCCUCAGAUAUCCCCAAAAACGGCCUGGUUAUGUUGUUGACGUUUAGUAAAUUACUCUCUUUACUGUUAUCACUGAUUUAAAGUAGCGGCUGCUUUCUCCAUGUGAAUCCCAUCAGAGCCAGGUCUAAAACUGAUAACAUCAGAGCACUGCUUCAGGUCUGUUUAUUUCUGUCUCAUCCUACAGCAAUACCUGUAUGGAACACAGUUUUGUAAUUGACUCUGUUGCUGUCGGUGGCUGAUGCAAAGUAGACACCGCUCUCCUAUGUGGUACUGAAAAGACCAUAACAACAUCAUAGCCCUGAUUCAAGUCACUUUACGUUUCAUCCUCCAUCUCUUUUAUCAUCCCCACUCAGCAAUACCUGUACGGCACGCAGGCGAAACACCUCUCCUACAACGACUUCAUCAACAAAGAACUCAUCCUCUUCUCCAACUCUGACAACGAGAGAUCCAUCCCAUCCUUAGUCGACGGUACGUAUGCAGCGAUGCACUAGACUAGCUAUCUCCCUGAACAUUCUCUGUCUUUCUAGCUUUUGUUGUUGUGUUUGUUGUCAAAUGGCUUUUGAAGUUUAAGGGAAAUGAAAAGCCUGGAAACUUGUCGUUAAACUGUCCUCUGGAUGUACUGUUUGUGUGGUCCCCUUUUGAUGAUGGCGUGUAUAAUGAUUUGUUUAAUUCAAUCCCCAUUAGCUGUUUUGUUGCAACACCUAAUCCUCCUGCGGUCCACUUGUGAUCCCCUUUUGAAGAUGUGUGUGUGUGUGUGUGUGGUGUGGUCCCCUUUUGAUGAUGUCAUGUGUGUCUAUGUGUGCAGGUCUGAAGCCAGGUCAGAGGAAGGUACUGUUCACCUGUAUGAAGAGGAAUGAUAAGCGGGAGGUGAAGGUGGCUCAGCUGGCUGGUUCAGUAGCAGAGAUGUCUGCCUACCAUCACGGAGAGGUGCUACACUCUUACAGAACUCAAGAAAAUAUACUCACAGAGCUAUAUGAAAUAUACUUACAGAACUCAAGAAAAUAUACUUACAGAGCUAUAUAAAAAUAUACUUACAGAACUAUAGAAAAUAUACUCACAGAGCUAUAUAAAAAUAUACUUACAGAACUCAAGAAAAUAUACUCACAGAGCUAUAUGAAAUAUACUUACAGAACUCAAGAAAAUAUACUUACAGAGCUAUAUAAAAAUAUACUUACAGAACUAUAGAAAAUAUACUCACAGAGCUAUAUAAAAAUAUACUUACAGAACUCAAGAAAAUAUACUCACAGAGCUAUAUAAAAAUAUACUUACAGAGCUAUAGAAAAUAUACUUACAGAGCUAUAUGAAAUAUACUUACAGAACUCAAGAAAAUAUACUCACAGAGCUAUAUGAAUAUACUUACAGAACUAUAGAAAAUAUACUCACAGAGCUAUAUGAAAUAUGCUUACAGAGCUAUAUGAAAUAUACUUACAGAACUAUAGAAAAUAUACUCACAGAGCUAUAUGAAAUAUACUUACAGAACUAUAGAAAAUAUACUCACAGAGCUAUAUGAAAUAUACUUACAGAACUCAAGAAAAUAUACUCACAGAGCUAUAUGAAAUAUACUUACAGAACUCAAGAAAAUAUACUCACAGAGCUAUAUGAAAUAUACUUACAGAACUAUAGAAAAUAUACUCACAGAGCUAUAUGAAAUAUACUUACAGAACUAUAGAAAUAUACUCACAGAGCUAUAUGAAAUAUACUUACAGAACUAUAGAAAAUAUACUCACAGAGCUAUAUGAAAUAUACUACAGAACUCAAGAAAAUAUACUUACAGAGCUAUAUGAAUAUACUUACAGAACUAUAGAAAAUAUACUCACAGAGCUAUAUGAAAUAUACUUACAGAACUCAAGAAAAUAUACUUACAGAGCUAUAUGAAAUAUACUUACAGAACUAUAGAAAAUAUACUCACAGAGCUAUAUGAAAUAUACUUACAGAACUAUAGAAAAUAUACUCACAGAGCUAUAUGAAAUAUACUUACAGAACUAUAGAAAAUAUACUCACAGAGCUAUAUGAAAUAUGCUUACAGAGCUAUAUGAAAUAUACUUACAGAACUAUAGAAAAUAUACUUACACAGCUAUAUGAAAUAUACUUACAGAGCUAUAUAAAAAUAUACUUACAGAACUAUAGAAAAUAUACUCACAGAGCUAUAUGAAAUAUGCUUACAGAACUAUAGAAGUUGAAUGUUCUUAAUAUGAAAUAUAUUUACAGAACUAUAGAAAUAUACUCACAGAGCUAUAUGAAUAUACUUACAGCGCUAUAUGAAUAUACAGUUGAAGUCAGAAGUUUACAUACACUUAGGUUUGAGUCAUUAAAACUCGUUUUUCUCCCACUCUCCACAAAUUUCUUGGUAACAAAUAAGGUUUUGGCACGUCGUUAGGACAUCUACUUUGCAUGACACAAGUAAUUUUUCCAACACUUGUUUACAGACAGAUUAUUUCACUUAUAAUUCACUGUAUCACAAUUCCAGUGAGUCAGAAGUUUACAUACACUAAGUUGACUGUGCCUUUAAACAGCUUGGAAAAUUCCAGAAAAUGAUGUCAUGGCUUUAGAAGCUUCUGAUAGGCUAAUUGACAUCAUUUGAGUCAAUAGGAGGUGUACCUGUGGAUGUAUUUCAAGGCCUACCUUCAAACUCAGUGCCUCUUUGCUUGACGUCAUGGGAAAAUCAAAAGAAAUCAGCCAAGACCUCCACAAGUCUGGUUCAUCCUUGGGAGCAAUUUCCAAACGCCUGAAGGUACCACAUUCAUCUGUACAAACAAUAGUAGGCAAGUAUAAACACCAUGGGACCAUGCAGCCGUCAUACCGCUCAGGAAGGAGACGCGUUCUGUCUCCUAGAGAUGAAUGUACUUUGGUGCGAAAAGUGCAAAUCAAUCCCAGAACAACAGCAAAGGACCUUGUGAAGAUGCUGGAGGAAACAGUUACAAAAGUAUCUAUAUCCACAGUAAAACGAGUCCUAUAUCGACAUAACCUGAAAGGCCGCUCAGCAAGGAAGAAGCCACUGCUCCAAAACCGCCAUAAAAAAGCCAGACUAUGGUUUGCAACUGCACAUGGGGACAAAGAUCGUACCUUUUGGAGAAAUGUCCUCUGGUCUGAUGAAACAAAAAUAGAACUGUUUGGCCAUAAUGACCAUCGUUAUGUUUGGAAGAAAAAGGGGACGGCUUGCAAGCCGAAGAACACCAUCCCAACCGUGAAGCACGGGGGUGGCAGCAUCAUGCUGUGGGUGCUUUGCUGCAGGAGGGACUGUUGCACUUCACAAAAUAGAUGGCAUCAUGAGGAAGGAAAAUUAUGUGGAUAUAUUCAAGCAACAUCUCAAGACAUCAGUCAGGAAGUUAAAGCUUGGUCGCAAAUGGGUCUUCCAAAUGGACAAUGACCCCAAGCAUACUUCCAAAGUUGUGGCAAAAUGACUUAAGGACAACAAAGUCAAGGUAUUGGAGUGGCCAUCACAAAGCCCUGACCUCAAUCCUAUAGAAAAUUUGUGGGCAGAACUGAAAAAGCGUGUGCGAGCAAGGUGGCCUACAAACCUGACUCAGUUACACCAGCUUUGUCAGGAGGAAUGGGCCAAAAUUCACCCAACCUAUUGUGGGAAGCUUGUGGAAGGCUACCCGAAUCGUUUGACCCAAGUUAAACAAUUUAAAGGCAAUGCUACCAAAUACUAAUUGAGUGUAUGUAAACUUCUGACCCACUGGGAAUGUGAUGAAAGAAAUAAAAGCUGAAAUAAAUUAUUCUCCCUACUAUUAUUCUGGCAUUUCACAUUCUUAAAAUAAAGUGGUGAUCCUAACUGACCUAAGACAAAGCAUUUUUACUAAGAUUAAAUGUCAGGAAUUGUGAAAAACGUAGUUUAAAUGUAUUUGGCUAAGGUGUAUGUAAACUUCCGACUUCAACUGUACUUACAGAGCUAUAUGAAAUAUACUCACAGAACUAUAGAAAAUAUACUUAGCGUUAUCUUCUACUAAAUCAAUACAGUCUGAAGAUACUGGGUACUCCACACAAAACAUUGUUUUGACACGUGUGCCUCUGUAUGUGUGUAAUCAUCCAGCAAUCCCUGUUGAUGACGAUUGUGAACUUGGCCCAGAACUUUGUGGGCAGCAACAACGUGAACAUCCUGCAGCCGCUGGGUCAGUUUGGUACCCGCAUCAACGGGGGCAAGGACGCUGCCAGCCCCCGUUACAUCUUCACCAUGCUCAGGUAAGGCCUCCGAGGGUCAAAGGUCAAAACAGAAUUGUGCUAGCAAUUUGAUUAGUCUACUUAUUGUAUGAUUUGUAUGGGCCAUUGGGCCAUCCUGAAGUGCAGUCAUACCUGUUUUUUUGUUUUGUUUUUUAAAGGUUAAUGAUACAUUUAAUGUUAACUUUGUUUAUACAUUACCUUUCAUAAAACACACUCAAAAUGCCACUUCCUCAGUCCCCUGGCCAAGAUGUUGUUCCCAGCGGUAGACUCCAGCCUGCUGAAGUUCCUGUUCGAUGACAACCAGAAGGUGGAACCAGAGUGGUACAUCCCCAUCCUCCCGAUGGUGCUGGUGAACGGGGCCGAGGGCAUCGGGACGGGCUGGGCCUGCAAGAUCCCCAACUACGACCAUAGAGAGAUAGUCAACAACCUCUACCGCAUGCUCAACAUGCAGGACCCUCUGCCCAUGGUAUACAUUUAGAUGUUUGAAACUUAAUUGAUUACAUAAGAUAAGAUCAACUCUAUUGUCCCAGAGGGGAAAUUUGUCUUGGACAUACAAGCAGCCCUAUUGUCCAUUUGGUCUAAGAAUUGUAUUGCUAAAAACAUAUAAACUCAGAUAAUAUUUUUGUAGAUCGAUACCAUUAUACAUUAAAACCUUUUGCUAAAACACUUGUCAUUUUUGAGUAGAACUGGAUAAACCACCAACUUUCUGUCAGUUAUAAUCCAGAUUUAAUCCUAUAGGUAAUGUACAGUUUCAUAAUAACGGCUGACUGAAUAUUCCUACCCCUCUCUCCUCUCCCAGCUGCCCAGCUAUAAGAACUUUAAAGGAGUGAUCCAUGAGUUGGGCCAGAACCAGUACAUGGUCAGUGGAGAGAUCUCUGUCCUGGACAAGAACACCAUUGAGAUCACUGAGCUGCCCGUUCGCACCUGGACACAGGUACACUAUAUCACACCUGUUCAGCACUUCUGGUCAUCCAGUUGCUUUGACUGAAUUAAUAAAUGAAUGAAGGAGAUGUUGACAUGUUGUUUCUAUGCUGUGAUAUUGUUUGUUAGUUCUUGUAAUGGACUAUCCCUCCCUCCCUCCCUCCCUCCCUACCUCCCUCCCCCUCCCUCCCUACCUCCCUCCCUCCCUCCAGGCCUACAAGGAGUCUGUACUAGAGCCCAUGCUCCAGGGGACAGAGAAGACUCCAGCUCUGAUCAAUGACUAUAAGGAGUACCACACGGACCAAACCGUCAAGUUUGUUGUCCGCAUGUCAGAGGAGAAGUUGGCCCAGGCAGAGGCUGCAGGACUACAUAAAGUCUUCAAGCUACAGUCCAGCCUCACCUGCAACUCCAUGGUUAGUACCACUCCUCAAAUCUGGGUCCUAUUCACUAGGCACCAAACUGAAGAAAACGGACUGAAACAGGGAGAAACUACCUGAACUUGUCCAAUGAUAAAUGCUUGUUUUCAUUAUCCAUUGCAAAACAUUUUCCUACUUUGUGCCCUAUACGAGUCCCUACUCUGUAUUUGAGUUGAACUGAUACCUGUAUUGACUCACAUUGUUGAUUCAUUAUACACACCUCUUUGGAUGAAGUGCUGUUUUGUGUGUAUAUAGAGCACUAAUCUUUCAUCUUAAAGUGAAGAACAAUUUUAAGUGUUCCAUGAUUUUUAACCAGUUUUUUUUAUAUUGUGGAAAUGAGAGGUAUCUAAAGUAGUUGCUCUUCUACCCUCAGGUGUUGUUUGACCACAUGGGCUGUCUGAAGAGGUAUGAUUCGGUCCAGGACAUUCUCAAGGAGUUCUUUGAGCUGCGGUUGCACUACUACAAGCUGAGGAAGGACUGGCUAGUGGGGAGCCUAGGGGCGGAGGCUUCCAAACUGUCCAAUCAGGCACGAUUUGUGCUGGAGAAGAUUGAAGGAAAGAUCACAAUCGGUGAGAAUUUUACCUGCAUAUCUCUCUCUCUCUGUCAAAGGGAAGGAAAGCUCUCUCAAUUCUUAUUUUAGUUUGCAAUUUGGAAUAGAAUACUGAUCUAUUAAUGUUUGUCUACAGAGAACAAGUCUAAGAGGGAACUGAUCAGGAUGCUGGUGCAGAAAGGCUUUGAGUCUGACCCCGUUGCGGCAUGGACCAAGGCACAGGAAAAGGUACUGUUAGCAUCCUGCCACUGUCCAACAUUCAGCCCUGUGAUUGGCUGAGACCGCUUGACGCUUUAAAACCCUGUAUUCUAAUUGGACUAUGUGUCUUCCUGCUCUCUCCCUAUAGGCUCUGGAGGAGGACGAUCGUGAUGGUAACGACAGUGACAGCUCUGUGGACUCUGGGUCGUCGUCGGGACCAAACUUCAACUACAUCCUCAACAUGCCUCUGUGGUGCCUGUCCAAGGAGAAGGUGGACGAGCUGCUCCGACAGAGAGACAUCAAGGUGCUGACUCAGAGAGGAAGGGUGUAGACACCCGACUGUCAAGGACUUGCAAUUCAAUUCAAUAGAUCUUUAUUGUCCCCAAAAGGCUAUUAAUUUGCAGCAACAUUACACAAGUAGGCAAGGUCUGAGUGUCUCUUUUCUAACGGUUGUGUGUGUUUUGUUCUUGGAGCAUAGUGAGUGCAUAUCUGUACUUUUUUAGUAUGUGUAUGUGGUCCUGGCGGGAAAUGAACCCACAACCUUGGUGUUGCUAGCGCCACAUAUUUUAUCAACUGAGUGUGUGUUGUUCAACAGAAAGGAGAGUUGAAUGAGCUGCAGAGGAAGUCUCCAGAAGACCUGUGGAAGGAGGACCUGGCUGUCUUCAUUGAAGAACUGGAUGUGAGUUAUGCUAGCGCUACAUGUAGUGGUGCCACUCCUCUCUGAGUCACUGCUUAAGAGACUACUGUGAUUUAUACCUACUAGUGUGAGACUGCUUUUGUUGAGGAGAAGUCGGGUACCUUCAAGGUUUCUUUCUCCUGGCCUUACUAAAGGCAGAUCUAUUUGUAGAAAAAAAAAAGUGGGAUUUAUUUUGUUUGGGUUUUAUCUCCUUUCAUUUUUACAUUUACAUUUUACAUUUUAGUCAUUUAGCAGACGCUCUUAUCCAGAGCGACUUACAGGAGCAAUUAGGGUUAAGUACCUUGCUCAAGGGCACAUCGACAGAUUUUUCACCUAGUCGGCUCGGGGAUUAGAACCAGCGACCUUUCGGUUACUGGCACAACGCUCUUAACCACUAAGCUACCUGCCGCCCCCUUUCACUGUAAACCGUCAACAUUGAUGUCACCUCAAUACAAGUGACUUACACGAUUUACAAAAGGUGACAGGUGUAUUCUCUCCUCGUGUGUGUGACAGAAAAUCGAGGCCCAGGAGCAAGCAGACAUGAGUGCAGGUAAAGGUACCAAGCUGGUGAAGGGCAAGGUGGGCAAGCCCAAGGUUAAGAAACUCCACCUGGAGGAGACGUUACCCUCGCCAUACGGCCGCAGGGUCGUACCCACCAUCACACAGGCCAUGAAGACUGACGCCUCCAAGAAGAUGAUCAAGAAGAAGAAGGUAACACAUUUCGUUUUUAAAAUGGAUUAUGCCUCAUUGUUAAAGGCCCAGUCUGUGAUAUUUUAUGACAAUUUCGCUCAUUUUAUUUGGUAAUUUAUACCCAUUGAUUCUUGAAGAAUAUCACGUAUCAAUGCCUUAUGAGGUUAGUUCAACUGUAUAACUCCCAUCAUAGCACAAAAUAAAACUCAAUUGUUUGCGUUGGUCUCAGUGUGUUUUCAGGCUGUAGACAUGACAUACAGUGGGGGAAAAAAGUAUUUAGUCAGCCACCAAUUGUGCAAGUUCUCCCACUUAAAAAGAUGAGAGAGGCCUGUAAUUUUCAUCAUAGGUACACGUCAACUAUGACAGACAAAUUGUGGGGGAAAAAUCCAGAAAAUCACAUUGUAGGAUUUUUAAUGAAUUUAUUUGCAAAUUAUGGUGGAAAAUAAGUAUUUGGUCACCUACAAACAAGCAAGAUUUCUGGCUCUCACAGACCUGUAACUUCUUCUUUAAGAGGCUCCUCUGUCCUCCACUCGUUACCUGUAUUAAUGGCAAAAGUUUGAACUUGUUAUCAGUAUAAAAGACACCUGUCCACAACCUCAAACAGUCACACUCCAAACUCCACUAUGGCCAAGACCAAAGAGCUGUCAAAGGACACCAGAAACAAAAUUGUAGACCUGCACCAGGCUGGGAAGACUGAAUCUGCAAUAGGUAAGCAGCUUGGUUUGAAGAAAUCAACUGUGGGAGCAAUUAUUAGGAAAUGGAAGACAUACAAGACCACUGAUAAUCUCCCUUGAUCUGGGGCUCCACGCAAGAUCUCACCCCGUGGGGUCAAAAUGAUCACAAGAACGGUGAGCAAAAAUCCCAGAACCACACGGGGGGACCUAGUGAAUGACCUGCAGAGAGCUGGGACCAAAGUAACAAAGCCUACCAUCAGUAACACACUACGCCGCCAGGGACUCAAAUCCUGCAGUGCCAGACGUGUCCCCCUGCUUAAGCCAGUACAUGUCCAGGCCCGUCUGAAGUUUGCUAGAGUGCAUUUGGAUGAUCCAGAAGAGGAUUGGGAGAAUGUCAUAUGGUCAGAUGAAACCAAAAUAUAACUUUUUGGUAAAAACUCAACUCGUCGUGUUUGGAGGACAAAGAAUGCUGAGUUGCAUCCAAAGAACACCAUACCUACUGUGAAGCAUGGGGGUGGAAACAUCAUGCUUUGGGGCUGUUUUUCUGCAAAGGGACCAGGACGACUGAUCCGUGUAAAGGAAAGAAUGAAUGGGGCCAUGUAUCGUGAGAUUUUGAGUGAAAACCUCCUUCCGUCAGCAAGGGCAUUGAAGAUGAAACGUGGCUGGGUCUUUCAGCAUGACAAUGAUCCCAAACACACCGCCCGGGCAACGAAGGAGUGCCUUCGUAAGAAGCAUUUCAAGGUCCUGGAGUGGCCUAGCCAGUCCAGAUCUCAACCCCAUAGAAAAUCUUUGGAGGGAGUUGAAAGUCCGUGUUGCCCAGCGACAGCCCCAAAACAUCACUGCUCUAGAGGAGAUCUGCAUGGAGGAAUGGGCCAAAAUACCAGCAACAGUGUGUGAAAACCUUGUGAAGACUUACAGAAAACGUUUGACCUGUGUCAUUGCCAACAAAGGGUAUAUAACAAAGUAUUGAGAAACUUUUGUUAUUGACCAAAUACUUAUUUUCCACCAUAAUUUGCAAAUAAAUUCAUUAAAAAUCCUACAAUGUGAUUUUAUGGAUUUUUUUUCUCUCAUUUUGUCUGUCAUAGUUGACGUCAUCUUUUUAAGUGGGAGAACUUGCACAAUUGGUGGCUGACUAAAUACUUUUUUCCCCCACUGUAUCGCUGUGUGUGUGUUGUCCUCAGGGUGAUGCGGACCUGGUGAUGAAACUGGAGUUUGAUGAUGAGAUGGGAGUGCUGGGGUCAGACGGAGGAACAGGGGAGAACUCCCUCAACUCAUCCUCUAAUACACCAGCCCCGGCCCCGGCCUCAGCCAAGCCCAAGGCCCCUCGGAUCAAACGGGAGAAGAAGGAGCCAGGUCAGCAGAUAUUCCAUUCUCCUUUCAUAUGUCUGUCAUCUUAUUGAGAUGGGUUCAGUCAUGAAUUGGGGAGAGGGGGAGACAGCUGAGAGGGAUACACAGUGAGGAAGGUGGUGGACACAAGGAUUUUAUCCCCACCUCUUGGGGCAAUUCGUAUAUGGGAGUCAGAAGUGUUACCUCUAGAGCAAACUUUGUUAAUUUAUGUUAAUCACACAUGAACUCUCACACAUCGACACAGUUUCAGGACUUCAUGGCUAUUAAAUGAAAGAUACAAAUUGGAAUGAAUAAACCCUUUUCUCUAUAUCAGGUGCUCCCAGAGCCAGGAAACCCCCAGCACUCAAAGGAGCAUCUGGUAAGAAGGUGAAGAAGCGUAACCCCUGGUCGGAGGACGAGUCCAAAUCAGAGAGCGACCUGGAGGACAGUGAACCUGUGGUCAUCCCCCGAGACAUCAAGUCACAACGGGCCUCAGGUAACCACUUACAGUGCCUUCGGAAAGUAUUCAGACCCCUUGACUUUUUCCACAUUUUGUUAGGUUACAGCCUUAUUCUAAAAUUGAUUAAAUUGUUUUUUUUCCCCCUCAUCAAUCUACACACAAUACCCCAUAAUGACAAAGCAAAAACAAAUUUGUAUACAUUUUUGCUAAUUUAUAAAAAAAUUAAAAAAUAAGAUCACAUUUACGUAAGUAUUCAGACCCUUUACUCAGUACUUUGUUGAAGCACCUUUGGCAGCGAUUACAGCCUCAAGUCUUCUUGGGUAUGACGCUACAAGCUUGGCAUACCUGUAUUUGGGGAGUUUCUCCCAUUCUUCUCUGCAUAUCCUCUCAAGCUCUGUCAGGUUGGAUGGGGAGCGUUGCUGCACAGCUAUUUCCAGGUCUCUCCAGAGAUGUUCGAUCGGGUUCAAGUCCAGGCUUUGGCUGGGCCACUCAAGGACAUUCAAAGACUUGUCCCGAAGCCACUCCUGCGUUGUCUUGGCUGUGUGCUUAGGGUCGUUGUCCUGUUGGAAGGUGAACCUUGGCCCCAGUCUGAGGUCCUGAGCACUCUGGAGCAGGUUUUCAUCAAGGAUCUCUCUGUACUUUGCUCAGUUCAUCUUUCCCUCGAUCCUGACUAGUCUCCCAGUCCCUGCCGCUGAAAAACAUCCCCACAGCAUAAUGCUGCCACCACCAUGCUUCACCAUUGGGAUGGUGCCAGGUUUCCUCCAGACGUGACGCUUGGUCAUUCAGGCCGAAGAGUUCAAUCUUGGUUUCAUCAGACCAUGUGCAUUUUACUGAGGAGUGGUAUCCGUCUGGCCACUCUACCAUAAAGGCCUGAUUGGUGGAGUGCUGCAUAGAUGCUUGUCCUUCUGGAAGGUUCUCCCAUCUCCACAGAGGAACUCUAGAGCUCAGUCAGAGUGAUCAUCAGGUUCUCCCUGAUUGGUCCCUGAGGCCAUUUUGAAAUGUUUAAAAGCCUCAUUCCUUCUUAUUUCUGUAAAACCCUGAAUAAUGCCAAAGCCGAAACACGUUGGUUCUUCUGCAAUAAAACACACACAGACACACACACACACUUAUAAUGAACUUUGUCUGUUCCUCAGCGGCCAAGCCCAAGUACACCUUUGAUUUCAGUGAGGAAGAGGAUGGAGGAGAGGAAGAGGAGGAGGAUGAUGAUGAUGCUGAUGCUGCGUCCUCACCAGCCCGGCCCUGCAAAGACGACUUCACCGCCUCCUCCGAGACUAAAGACCGAUACAGCGACGAUGACGAGGAUGAUGAAGAUAUCUUCCCACCGCCCAAACAGACCACCAUCAACAUCUCACCAGCGAAGGAGAAGGAACCAGAGAGUAUAUUCUCCCCCUCCAAAUCAGCCUUCUCCUCUGAAAAGAGCAAUGACAGUGGUGAGUUCACACUACAAGCUCAGCAUGUUUGCCUUGUCAUGUGCUUUCUUUGUCAUGUGGUCCUCUGUAGCUCAAUUGGUAGAGCAUGGCGCUUGUAACGCCAGGGUAGUGGGUUCGAUCCCCGGGACCACCCAUACGUAAAAAUGUAUGCGCACAUGACUGUAAAUCGCUUUGGAUAAAAGUGUCUGCUAAAUGGCAUAUUAUUAUUAUAUUAUUAUUUAGUAAAAGGUUAAAGAUGUUUACGAUCUUGUCGUUAUUUCAAGUCUUGUGUGUUUGUCUAUGAAAAAGGACUGUGUGUAAAUAAGCUCCUAGUCCCGGUGUUCAUCUGAGGGUUAAUGUCUGUUACUCUUCUCUUCCAGAUGAUCUGAAUUUGGACAGUGACGGGGAAGACAAGGCCUUCUCCUCAUACUACAGCAGCUCUGCUUUCGACAAACCUGUCCCAGCUAAGAAAGGUAACGCACAGAACCAUAUAAUGUAUCCAUCUACAGUCUGGCCACAUUAAACAGAUGUACACUUUGGAGUGUACAUUUGUGUACCUCCAUUAAGUAUGGUACUGUAUGUAACGUUACAUUUCAAAUUAAAUAAUGGUCUGGUUACUUAAAACAGAACGAUAGGGAGGUUGGUUGGGUGUACACCGUGACAGUCUACAUUUACAUUUACAUUUUAGUCAUUUAGCAGACGCUCUUAUCCAGAGCGACUUACAGUUAGUGCAUACAUUAUUUUAUUUUUUUAUACUGUCCCCCCGUGGGAAUUGAACCCACAACCCUGGCAUUGCAAACGCCAUGCUCUACCAACUGAGCUACAUCCCUGCCGGCCAUUCCCUCCCCUACCCUGGACGACGCUGGGCCAAUUGUGCGCCGCCCCAUGGGUCUCCCGGGUCACGGCCGGCUACGACAGAGCCUGGAUUCGAACCAGGAUCUCUAGUGGCACAGCUAGCACUGCAAUGCAGUGCCUUAGACCACUGCGCCACUCGGGAGGUGUUUAAAAGCCUCAUUCCAAAGGUUGUGUUUUUGAGUCACGUCGGGGACAACUGUAGCAUUUUAGCUAACCCUUCCCAAACCAUAACCUAAUUCUCAUUACCUUCUACGGAAAUUCUCCUAACCUUUGUUGUUAGUUCUCCUAACCUUUGUCGUUAGGAAUGACACAACAAGCAGCCUGGUCUCAGCCAGACUUAUAAUACUAUAAGUCCUCCAAGACGUAUGAUACAUUACAUCCUCCAAUUCGUAUGAUAUUGUGUGGCCGCUAUUACAUUCAUAACGUAACAUAUUAUAUACUAAAUGGACAGACUCAAAUUUACCUCCCAAAUCUUACGAGUUUCCCUGAGGACAGGUUGCGAUCUAUGACUCUGGUAACACACACAUCUGCCACUAGAGGGAGCACUAAUGCAAAUCACACUACCAACAUGGGUUAAAAAGAUACUGAUAAUGUUGUUGAUGCUGCUGCUGAAUGUAGUGCACUAUAUAGGGAAUAGGGUGCCUUUUUAGACGCAGUCAUGGUGUCUUGCUGAGAUCCAUAUUGGUAUUGAUUGGCUCACUCUCUGUUACUCACAGCAGCUAAGAAUGCAACUCCCAAACCCAGGAAAGCACCAGCACCCAAAGCGCCACCCAAACAGAAGCUGGACACGUCCGUCUGGGACUCGGACUCCGAUACCGACUCCAAGAAGCCUGCACCAGCACUCAAAGGUGUACAUGCUUACCUCACAAUGACCAGUGGAGAAUCAGUCACCAUACAUUUCUCUAUGAAUAUAAAAGAUUGACAUAGUGUAAACUGACUAUAACAGGGAUCUCCAACUCCGGUCCUGGAGAGCUACUAGGUGUGCAGGUUUAUAAUCCAGCUCUUCAGUAGCACGCCUGUUUAAAAUCUUCACCUAUUCAUCUUCAGUCUGAAUCAGGUGUGUUACUGCAGGGUUUGAAUGAAAGCCUGCACACCCAGUAGCUCUUCAGGACCGAAAUGUUGAAAAACCCUGGACUGUAGCUUGUUCUCUAUGAACAUAUAAUCUGUUCUGAGUAUAACCGUAAUAUUAACUGAGUGUAACCUGGUUAUGAACUGAGUGUAACCUGGUUAUGAACUGAGUGUAACCUGGGUGUGUUUCUCCUGACCUGUGCAGGUAAAGGCGGAGGGAGGAAGAGGAAGCAGUCUGGAUCUGAAGAGGAUGAUUUCAGUCCCAAGAAAGCUCCUGGGAAAGCACCCAAAUCCCCCGCCAGCAGGGUACGAGUGUGUGUGUGUGUGUGUGUGUCAUUUGAAUCAUAUAGGAUAUAAGAAGAUACUGAAAAAACAAAGACUGUAAUAACCAUACAGGAUACUUAGUGUCUUCUCUUGUCUUCCCCCUGUGUAGAAGCCAUCAAAGAAAGCAGCCGCGGCCUCGCCCCCCAUGUCAGAUGAUGAUGAUGACGUGGACUCCAACCGUUUCAGCCAAUCCAGCGUGGCGUCCCGAGAACGACCGGGCAGAGGCAGGGCCAAGAAGGAAGUGAAGUACUUUGUUGAGUCAGGGUCAGACGACGAUCAGUACGACAUGUUCGACUAGACCAUGGAAUCUCUCCCACACACAGGCUCUGUUCCAAUGCUAUUGAAAUGCUUCCUCCCUCCCUUGAAGUAAUCACAGAUCUUCAUUGGUUGGACUGGGGAAAGUAAUAGGUUGGUACCCUUGUUUUCACCUAUCCAAUCACUUACUAUCUGUGAUCACCUCCAGGAAAUCAGAAAGGAUGGAUUUUUAAACAAUUUGAACAGCGCUAUUUACACACCGCUUGAGUAAUUUGUCACGUGCAUCCUUCCUUCUUCACUUCCUAGAAUAAAUCAUGUGAGAGGUGGGGAUAGGUGUAGCAGUGGUUUGUAUACCUAUCCAGUCAUGUCCGAUCAGGAAGGAAGGAUUUCGUUUUGAAGUAUUCAACCAGAACCAGACACAUGCUCGUGGAAAUGCCCGUGCCGCAGACUUUUGUACACCCCCCCCCCCCCCCCCCCUCCUCCUCUUUUAUUUUAUUUUAAUGGUGAUGUUUAAUGCUUUCUACUGUGUAGGUGUUUUACACUUUUUAUUAUACAUACAAUACAAUUUUGUUUUUUUAUUAUUACCAUGGAAAUGUUCUGUAUUUGUCCUAAGCAGCUUUUAGAAGUUAGGAACGCGGUGCUUCAGCACAUUUUAACUGUUAAAAAGUAAACAAGAGACAUUGUACCUUUUUGAACAAGAACUUGGAAGUAAACAAUGAAAUGUAAAUUAUUCUCUGGCCGUUGGGUUUUCUGUCCGUUGAAUGUGAUUUUUCUUAAUUGACUUCACUCUCUUUCCUGCGGAGCAGAACCUUAGGAACAUGAUUCUCUCUCUCUCUCUCUAUCUCUCUCUAUCUCUCUCUUUCUCUCUCUUCUCUCUCUCUCUCUCUCUCUCUCUCUCUCUCUCUCUCUCUCUCUCUCUCUCUCUCUCUCACACACAGUAUUCAAGGCUUCGAGGUUACAGUAAAUCUAAAUAUUCCGGUUAUAAUACAUCCACGCAUUUAUGUAUUUUAAAAUAAAUAUAUUUGUAUUACUUUGCCAGGACAUUUCAUGGUAAAGUUAAACAGUAUAUUAACAUAAAAAGCAUUGUUAAUGUACAAACAGACAAUAUUGAAAAUGGAGAACAAAAACAAGAUAAAAGCUCACCGUAAAGCUCCUUUAUAAGGACUUCCUGCCUUCUCUUCCCACCAGGCCAGCAGGAGGUUUUGGCUAAAUGUAUAAUCACCAUGAAAACCCCUCCCUGCUGCCCCGCCCACCCUCAAGUGCAGUAA